AUGUAUUUACCAAACAUAUUAUAUUUUCAGUUCACCAUAUUAGCUGCUUUAAUUGCAGUCUCUUCCGCCGGGGUUCUCCCAGCUGCAUACCCAGCUCAUUAUGCCGCCCCAGUUUACGCAGCCCCCAUAGCCAAAGUAGCAGCACCAGUAUAUGCUAAAGCCGUAGCUCCAGAACCAUACGAUGCUCAUCCACAAUACAACUUCAAUUACGAUGUUCAUGACGAUCAUACUGGAGAUGUGAAAAGCCAACAAGAAGUUCGUGAUGGAGAUGUUGUUAAAGGAUCUUACUCUUUCAUCGAAUCUGAUGGUGCUAGACGUGUUGUUGAGUACACUUCUGACCCCGAACACGGAUUCAACGCUGUAGUCCACAGGGAAGAAGGAGCUGCUCACCCAACUGGACCCGCAGCCGCUCCAGCUUAUGGUAAAGUAGCAGCACCAGUUUAUGCUAAAGUUGCUGCUCCAGUCUAUGCUGCUCCCGUAGCUAAAGUUGCUGCUUAUCCCGGAUAUUCAUCUCAUGGUUAUUAUCAUUAA